UCAUUAGCUCAGAUUCCAGAAUGUAAAGGACUCAUGCAACAGAGCCAUGUGGAUAGCAGCUACCAGCCUACUGUGGUGACAUCAGUAGCCAUAACCCCAACCACAGCCAACAAGAAGAGAAUGAAGACCACCACAAAACAAGACAGUGGGCUCCAAGUGGGGCACACACACCCCAGAAGAUAUGCAAGAGGCCACAGACGAUGUGAAGAAUAUAUUAAAACUUCUAACAUUUAUCCAAAAGCACUUAACUUUGUGAUUGUGCCACAUACAGCACACCCCAGCAGAAAUAUACUUCAAGUCACCUUUCUAGAAUUGGUGUUUUUUACUGAUUUAACAAAUGCUGGACACAAAAAUCCAGGUUCUGAUAACAGAAUUCAUCUUUCAUGUAAAGAAACUCAGGCAAAAGAACUAAAAAUGAGAGACUACCCAAAAAGAGGCAAGACAUCUGGAAAAGAAUCAAGAUGCCCUGCCAACAUUCAGAACCAAGGUCCCAGACACAUAAGUGAGGCCAUCUUUGAUUCUUCAGCCCAAGUUAAACCACCCCAGCCAACACCAGGUAUACAAGAGUCAUUACUGAAAGAAAUACAGAAUUGUUUCCAUCUGGUGCUUAGAUAUUAAACCUGGAAUAUGUAAAGGCUCUCCCCUCUCACCCUGUUUGACUUCCAAAUGCUGGCAAA